AUGCUAUACAGUGCGCAGCUAGGAGGAGCAACUCGAAAGCAAAACGCACUGCCCUUCACCACUAGCAUCCAAUCCUGCAAAAGCCAAAAUCGAAGCCGCACGGCUACGCAAACGCAUUCGUCCUUCACUCCACCAGUUCCGUACACGUUAAAAAUCAGCAAAAAGAGAGAACUUUAUCGGCCUCUGCUAGAGUCGAACGAGCCUUUCUCACAGACUCUACAGAACCAGGAUGAGCUUGCUAGGCCCCAGAUACAUGCUCGUUUCCACGAGCACCCUGGCUACACAGUAACGUCAAGUCAGUGUCUUCAACCACUGGACCAAGAGACCUAUCUAGGAAUGUUUUGA